GUUUUUCCCGGACUCGAGAGUGUGUAGUCUUGCGUUUUCAGACCAAAAGGGCAUAAAGAGCGCCAAGGGAGGAGGGCUAGGCCGCUAAGAAGUAGAGACCGGCGAAGAAGAAAUUAACAACGAAAAGGAAAGGAAAGAAAGAAGAACAAAGAAAAAGAGAAAGAUGGGAUGGAUUGGAGAUACCGUCGAUUCCAUCAAAUCUAUUCAGAUCAGACAACUUCUCACUCAGGCUGUCAGCCUCGGUAUGAUUGUUACAUCAGCAUUGAUAAUAUGGAAGGGCUUAAUGUGUGUUACUGGCAGUGAAUCACCUGUUGUGGUUGUUCUUUCUGGAAGCAUGGAACCUGGCUUUAAGAGGGGGGAUAUUUUGUUUUUGCACAUGAGCAAGGAUCCUAUUCGUGCAGGGGAAAUUGUUGUCUUUAAUGUUGACGGACGUGAAAUUCCAAUCGUCCAUCGAGUAAUAAAGGUACAUGAACGGAAAGAUACUGGUGAAGUUGAUGUUCUUACAAAAGGGGAUAAUAACUUUGGGGAUGACAGACUUUUGUAUGCUCAAGGUCAACUCUGGCUUCAGCGUCACCAUAUAAUGGGGAGAGCUGUCGGGUUCUUACCAUACAUUGGCUGGGUUACAAUUAUCAUGACUGAAAAGCCCAUCAUAAAGUAUAUACUCAUUGGUGCCCUAGGGCUGCUGGUUAUUACUUCAAAGGAUUGAGAUGACCUGGCCUCCACAAAACCAUUUCAUUUGAUGGCCAUUGUACACCUAUGCCCCCCAUUUCUUUAAUCUGGCCUCCAGACACUGUAGAACGGUGAAUUUUGAUUUGGAAAGAAAAGGUUAUAAAAUGGAUGAAAUGUCACCUUUGCAAA